GGGACAGAGAGAGAGAGAGAGAGAGAGAGAGAGAGAGAGAGUGAGAGAGACAGAGAGAGAGAGAGAGAGAGAGAGAGAGAGAGAGAGAGAGAGGGACAGAGAGAGAGAGGGAGAGAGAGAGAGAGAGAGAGAGAGAGCGAGAGAGGGAGAGAGAGGGAGAGAGAGAAGGGUGGAGCUCUUUUUCCCUCCUCAGUCUCUCAGGAUGAAUAAACCCUCGCAGUUCUUCUCUCAGGAUGAACAGAUGAACAGAAUGCAGAGAGAGAGAAAGAUGGAGGAUUAGUCUUAGGAGGAAGUGAAGUGAAUUGAAAGCUUGCGUCUCCUCUGGGAUACAAGCUGGAGUUUUUCUUACCAGCAUGAUGGAGUGACUACUGCACACUUCUGUUCCUCAGAGAUGGAGGAAAAUCAGGAAGCUGCUGAAACUCACCUGUUCUGCGAUCAAGGAAUGGAGCAUCUCUGCACAUGAUAGUUGCCGUGACGAUGUGCGUGUUUGUGUCUCCGUUGGUGGUGGCCGGCAUCGUCAUCGGCCUCGUGCUCUUCCUCUCCCUCAUCAUCAUCAUCAUUGGCAGCAUGAGGAAGAGAAAACACUCACACCUCAACACAGACGCUGCAGACGGAUUUUCGUUCGGAGGAUCGACGGGUGAGUUGAGGUCAGACUGCGUGGAUGAAUUUCCUCCCGCGUUUGACUUUGACUCAUACACGGAGACGAUCCCCAUCCCACAGAUCAGCGCUGGUUAUCCUGACCCACCGCCUCGUUAUGACGAGUGUGUGGGACGGGAUGCGACGCAGAUAUUCACCCCUACAGAUGAUCCUCCGCCGUACUCACACACCUCACACACAUACCCCUGCACAGAGGGGGCGGAGCUUCCUGAAGGUACGUCCUGGUGGUCAGCGCAUGCACAUGCAGGUUCCAUUCAUCCAAUCAGAUUUCAGGACGUCUCCCCCGUGUUUGUUUUGUCUCUGGAUGAGCUGCCGCCGUACGAGGCCGUGAUGGAGCAGCAGAACCGAACCAUUCCGCUGAUCGCCAACGACGACGUGAAACACACCGCCGAGUAAACACGUCACGCCUCUAAUAAAACACUGUGUGAGACUGGGUGUGUGGCUGACGGCGCCUUUUGAUGACAUCAUCAUGUGAGCAAAGAAUAUCCUACAGAACAGGAUUUGAUGUAAACACACAUGUUUAAUAAAACUUUGUAAAAGAUAAACAGACUUUAUUUAACAGAUCUAAUGCUGAGAACCAAAGACACGAUUAAUGACGGAUUGUCCGAGUCUCAGAUCUCGAUCUCUCUCUCUCUCUCUCUCUCUCUCUCUCUUUAAUCCAGAAGCACAUUCUUUUUGGAUUUCUCAAUGACUGAACUCUUUUCUAUCAAACACUAGCUUUAUUUACUCCUGCAGCUCAUUUGUAGGAAAUUCACCAAAUCAGAGUUGAACAGAAAACCAGAUUUUUUUUAAGUGUUUAUGCAUUGGAGUUACUUUAUUAAUUAUUAAUAUAAAUUUAAAUAACUACAUUUUUGCUAACUGAUUAGCAAACAGUCAAACUUAUCACUAGUCUAUUGUCAUCUAUUCAUUUUCUAAAAUAAAAUAAUAAAUAUAACACUGAGUGAUUAUUAAAAUGUAGCAGAAAUGUAGGAUGUCUUCAGUUUAGAUGAAACUAAAAUGCGAGGAGAUGAAAAACGUGCUGAAGCGCUAAUCUCAUCUUUUAACUUCUCAGUAAAAAUGAAAUUAACAUCAAUUUGCAUUGAAAAAAAAAUACAAAUUAAACCGAUCUCUGAUUUAUCUGCUUUAUUUGCCAACAUCUUGAGAAACUAUUUUUAAGCUAAUUCUGUCGUGCUAGUAGAGUACUUUAGCGGAUUAGCUGUUUCAUGCUAACUAGGCAAAAAAUGCUAUAAAUUGCAUCAUUAUAUGUUCUACAGCAUUAUACACAUUAUACACAUUAUAAACAUUAUAAACAUUAUAAACAUUAUAUAACCCCUUAGUGUAAUGCUAGCUAACUUAUUGAAUCGUGAGUUAUUGCACGCUACGUAACUUUAGCGAACAUUUUUACUCAUUUUCUACACAGAUGCUAAUUACAAAAUUAUCCAGAGGCACAAUAAAUCACAAUUUACAAAUAUUAUUAAAUAAUACAUAUUUUAAUAAUAAAAAUCACAAGUGUGCUAUAUUUCAUUCUGACUGUUAAUGUACAAAACAGGAACUUUAUUUUUCCUCUGUAAAAACUUUAUUAAGUUUGAAAAGUUUUAAUUUGAUGAUAUUUUAAACUGAAAUCAUUCUAAUGUUAAUGUUUCAAAUCAAAGAAAUUUAGAGCAACUAAUAAUGUGUUUCUACGUGAUCAAUCUCUUAUUAAAGCUUAUUAAAAGUUGUUUAUGAUGUCUAAAUGUUACCCUACAUCAGGAAAUGUAAUAUUAUUGAAUGAUGUUACCAGGAGCUCUGUUAUUGACUGUCUGUUAUUAUCCGUGUGUCUGUAGCCGUCAUUAAAGAAAUUAAUCAUUGUAAAUAGA